AUGGAAAACAGUCACUUAAAUAAGCUAAAUUUUGAUUUCCAAAUAAAGGAUGUUACUAAUAUCAGGGAUAUAAACCUACAAGGAAAAGAAAAUAAUAUUGAAAAUUUUCAUGACAAAAUAUUAUAUAAUGAAGAAAAAAAUUAUUUAAAAAGAACUGGAUUGAUAUAUGGUACACAAGAGGUUUUUAAAAAUGUUAUGGAUAGAGAAAUCGUAGGCAUGUCAAGAAGAUUGCCAGGAAUAAAAAGUAGUUUGUUAUCCCUUGAUGUUAUGAGAAAUUCCAUUGAUAAAAUUGAAUCAUAUGAAUAUAUGGAAAAAUUAAAUAACGAACCUGAUGAACCUAUCUCAGAGCUUAUAGAAAGGAAAAUGAAUAUAUGA